GGUCCCGUCGCGCUUUCGUCCCUUCUGGGUGACCUCAACCCCUUUAUACCGACCCCACCUCUCAGGCGCUGCCAGGACCGCCCCGUGGGGGAGGGGAGGAGGCGGCGACACCGCGCGCGCGGAUUGGGCCCUCGCGGCCGCCGUAGUCCGUCGGGGCCGCGGGACGCCGAGUCCGGGGACGCGGAGGCCCGGAGGUCCCGGCUCUCGCCGCCCGCCGAGCACCUGGGAGCGCGGGAUCGCGGGCUACGCGCGGAGCCGGCGCGGUCAUGGCCGACUACUGGAAGUCACAACCAAAGAAGUUCUGUGAUUACUGCAAGUGCUGGAUAGCAGACAACAGGCCUAGUGUUGAAUUCCAUGAAAGAGGAAAGAAUCACAAGGAAAAUGUGGCCAAGAGGAUCAGUGAGAUUAAACAGAAAAGCUUGGACAAGGCAAAGGAAGAAGAAAAGGCAUCCAAGGAGUUUGCGGCGAUGGAGGCAGCUGCCCUGAAGGCAUACCAGGAGGACCUGAAACGGCUUGGCUUAGAGUCAGACAUUCCACAGCCAAGUAUAUCACCAGUGACCAGCACUGUCCAGCCCACCCCUCCAUCAAAUCAACAGAAAGAGAAGAAAAAGAAAAAGGAAAAGAAAAAGAAAGACUCUUCGAAGGGUAGAUGGGUGGAAGGCGUAACGGCUGAUGGUCACUGUUACUAUUACGAUCUCAUCACAGGAGCAUCUCAGUGGGAGAAGCCAGAAGGAUUUCAAGGGAACCUAAAAAAGACAUUAGCAAAGGCCAUUUGGGUAGAAGGUUUAAGUGAAGAUGGUUACACCUAUUAUUAUAAUACAGAAACAGGAGAAUCCAGGUGGGAAAAGCCUGAUGAAUUCAUUCCCCACACUGGAGACGGGCCUUCGAGUAAGGACAGUGAAAAGUCACCCGACACCCUGGAAGAGUCCAAAUCCUCAGAUUCCCACAGUGACUCUGACGGCGAACAGAAGAAGGCCGGGGAGGCCGCUGCAGACACGAAGAAACUGAUCAUCAAGUUUAAGGAAAAAAAUAAAAGUACUGAAAAAAGAACUGACCCAGAAAUACAAAAAGAAAAAAGUACCCCAAAACAGAAUCCAUCAAAUACAAGUGAAGAAAAGCCUAAAACGCUUAAGAAAUCAACGAACCCUUAUGGGGAGUGGCAAGAAAUUAAACAAGAGAGCGAGUCUCAGGAAGAGGUCGAUUUGGAACUUCCAAGCACUGAAAACGAAUAUCUGUCAACUUCAGAAGCUGCUGCUGGAGAAAUCAAAGUGGUAUUUAAAGAAAAAACAGUCUCUUCCCUGGGAGUUGCAGCAGAUGGGGUGGCUCCAGUCUUCAAAAAGAGAAGAAUUGAAAAUGGGAGAUGUCGGAAUUUAAGACAGCGAGGUGACGAUGAGUGAGUGACUGGGAACGAUCCGAGUGCUGUGGACAAAGGAGACGGCCCUUUCCGAGCCUCUCUGUGCUUUGCGCACUAUAGUGCUGCGGUUUACAUUUCUGCUAAAUGUAUUUUAUGUGACUCAGAAUAAACCUUUUUUCAUGUGAAAUUUAUUUUUGUUCCUUAAGUGGAAGCCUACCACAUUGCAUUGUAAUACAGUGUAUUAUGUUCAAUGUCUAAAACUGCUAAUUAUAUGAUAAUUUAAGAUGUUAGGUAUCUGUUAUUUAAAACAUGGGGAAGAGCCUAGCUCUGUCCUUACUCAUAUGAGCAUACCUUGUCCUGCAUUGAAAAUGCAUUAUUUCCACACACUGAAAUUAACCUGUUACCUGGGAAUAAGAAUCAGACACAGACGUGCACAGCCCCAUGGCAGUCUGGUUUUGAUGGUCCUUUCUGAAGCCUGGAUGUAGUAUGCAUAGCAACUUGUCUUACUCAGUUUAAGACCAAAGACCAGAAGCAGGAGCCUCUUGGGUACUAAAGAGCAGAGUGACGACUGGACCAGGGGUCAGCUUACAGCAGCAAAGUGUGAAAAGGGUUAAGUUGGAGCCAAGCAUCAGGGAACUAGAGAUGGAAAUGCAGCUUCUGCCGUGACAUUCUAGAACAGUCCUUUCCCAGUCAGGCCAACUUCAUAACCCUGGGUCCAUUGGAAGGUUUACCUAAGGUAAUGUAAACAAAAGGCUUCGUGGUCCACUUAGAUGGUUCCUGUUUUUUGGCUGCAUUUCUUAGUAGAAGUUUCAUAUUCUAUUUGAAGUACUUUACUUUAUUAUUUUUGCAUAUUUUUAAAUAUAUUUUUCUUAAGUUGUAUAGUAUGUAACUUUUGGUAGCAAAUAUUUGUCUUUGCUAGUAUACAUGUAAGAAUAGCUUAUUAAAACCAUAAAAAAUAUUGGGGUCUUUUUUUCUAAUAUGAAUCAAAGCUUAUCAUUGGCAAAAUGGUAUUUGGAGAUUAAUCUUUGCAAUUAUUCAGGCCUAAACUUUAUAUUUUGAAGCAUUUUACAGUUUAUUUUGUGAAGAGUCUUGCUGUAUUGCCUAGGCUGACCUCAAAUCCAGAUUCUUAGGUCUAAGAUUACUCAGGAGUUCUGAAAUUAACAGGUAUACCAUCACACCUGAGUGUUUGAUAGUUGAGGUUGUUUGUUGUUUUCCGAGACAGGGUUUCUCUGUAGCUUUUGGGCCUGUCGUGAAUGGAACUAGCUCUUACAGUUGAGUUUUUAUUGUUCUUUGACUGGGGUGAUCAAGGGUUUGAGUCAGGGUCUCCCUUUAUAUCCUAGGCUGCCUUCAAACUCGCAGUUAACACCCUACCUAAACCUUAGUGGCCUUGGUGCUGGGAUUGCAGGCAUGAGCCAACAGACCCCUCUGUUUACUGGGGAUUGGGUUUUGGGGUCUUAUUUUUGUUUGGUUUGUUUUUUGAGACCCUCCUGUCUCCCAGGCUAGCCUGGAACUCCCUAGUUAGCUUGGCUGAAGAUGACCGUUUGAACUUACGGUCCUCCUGUUUUCUGCUUCCCCAGAGCUGGGAUUCUAGUUGUAUGCUACCCCUCCUGGUUUAUAUGGUGCUAGAUUGUGUUGGUCAAGCACCAGCUGAGCCACAAUCUACUGUGUUUUUAAAUUUCGAUAGGUCAUUUGUCGUGUAGCCGAGCAGUAUGUAUCAGUCCUUGGCGCUUCUCAACCGGAAAAGACCAAAAGUGAAGUGUAUUUAUGCUUUAGUCACACUUGGCUCCUGGAAAACACAGUAUCGAAGACCUUUGUUAAAUUUGUUUGUAUUUGUUUCUUCUGAGACAGAGUCUCACAGUGUAUCCCUGGCAGGCCUGCACUAUGUAGAUCUGCCUGGCACUCACAGUGAACCUACUUAACUCUGCCUCUCAAGUGUUAGGAUUAAAGAUAUUUACCACCAGACCUGGUCCCCCCGGGUUGUUUUGAGGGGUAGUGUAUGUUUAAGACACUUGGGGAAUGCCUGUAGUAGCUCAAACUCAUCCACCAUUAAUACUUAGAGUAUAUACAGAUGGACAUAAAGUAAAAACAAAAAUAAACAAAGACCAAGUU